AGAGCUCGCUCGCUAAGGGGGGGGUUGACGGCUUCUGGCGGGUGUCGGUGUCGGGAGGAGGCGAGAGUCGGCUUAGCCCGUGUCGCGUCUGUCUCAGGAACCGGACGGAGAGUGAGGGCGCCAGGGCUCGCUCUCUAGGGGGGGCUGCCAUCUUCCACGUCCACGCCGUCGUGAGGAGCGCAGCCCGGACUCUCCACGACCCCUCCGACUCCCCACUCGCGGGCCUCGAGGCCGCGGCGGCCACCGAGACAGCGCCGCACCUCCCCCACCCCUUCCCCUCGUCCCCCGCCCGCCAGGGCCCGGCCGGUGCCCCACCCCCGCCUGCCUGCCCGCCCGCCCGCUACGCCGCCGCCAUGUCGGCGCAGGCCCAGAUGCGCGCUAUGCUGGACCAGCUAAUGGGCACCUCUCGGGACGGAGAUACUACUCGUCAACGAAUCAAAUUCAGCGAUGACAGAGUAUGCAAGAGCCACCUUCUCAACUGUUGCCCCCAUGAUGUCCUUUCUGGAACAAGAAUGGAUCUUGGAGAAUGCUUGAAAGUCCAUGACCUGGCUUUAAGAGCAGAUUAUGAAAUUGCGUCCAAAGAACAAGACUUUUUCUUUGAACUUGAUGCCAUGGAUCAUCUGCAGUCAUUCAUUGCAGAUUGUGAUAGAAGAACAGAAGUAUCUAAGAAAAGAUUAGCAGAAACUCAAGAAGAGAUAAGUGCUGAAGUGGCUGCAAAGGAAGUUUAUCGGAAUUCUAUGCCAGCUUCCAGCUUUCAACAGCAGAAACUUCGUGUCUGUGAAGUCUGUUCUGCGUAUUUAGGUCUUCACGAUAAUGACAGACGACUUGCUGAUCAUUUUGGGGGUAAAUUGCACCUGGGAUUUAUUGAAAUAAGAGAGAAGCUGGAAGAAUUAAAGAGAGUUGUAGCUGAGAAGCAGGAGAAGAGAAACCAGGAACGUCUGAAACGAAGAGAAGAGAGGGAGAGAGAAGAACGGGAGAAACUGAGGAGGUCCCGAUCACAUAGCAAGAAUCCCAAAAGAUCUAGAUCCAGAGAGCAUCGCAGACACCGAUCUCGCUCCAUGUCACGAGAACGCAAGAGGAGGACUCGAUCCAAGUCUCGUGAGAAACGCCAUCGCCACAGGUCCCGGUCUAGUAGCCGAAGCCGCAGCCGUAGCCACCAGAGAAGUCGGCACAGUUCAAGAGAUAGGAGCAGAGAGCGAUCCAAGAGGAGAUCCUCAAAAGAAAGAUUCAGAGACCAAGACUUAGCAUCACGUGACAGAGACAGGAGUUCAAGAGACAGAUCACCUCGUGACCGAGAUCGAAAAGAUAAGAAGCGGUCCUAUGAGAGUGCUAAUGGCAGAUCAGAAGACAGGAGGAGCUCUGAAGAGCGUGAAGCAGGGGAGAUCUAACUAGCUGUGUACAUAUCUUCAAUCCUUAAGCUUCCCAUGGAGUUACAUGCUAUUGUUUAGUUUACAGUUGUUCAGGGUAACAGUGAACAAUUCUAGACACCGAUCCAGUCAGGCUAGAUGUAUAGUAUCCAAUGAUUUGAACUGAACCUGUUUUCCUUCAUAAAGCCUAAAACUACAUCCAUAGUUUUUUGUGAACCUGAACAUAACAGUUUAUAUGAUGAGAUACUGUUCUCUAUUCUUUCAAGUUAGAAGUGAUAGUGAAUGAAUUGUGUUAAUGUCUUGCAGUUUUUGAACAUUUGUAAAAUAUUGUCUCCCUUUCUAUUCCAAACAAGCAGCAGCUUUAGGAUUUUUUUUUUUUUUCAUUAUAAUUCUUCUUUCUUUGACUUUUAUACCUCCUAAUACCUGUCCCUCCAACUAUAAGAGGAAAGGGUGAAGGGAAGUAAUAUAACUUCUUUUCUAAGGUUCUGUUCACAUUGGUUAUUAGUUGAUUACAGUUGAGCAUUUCUACUGGAUUGUGUGUGGAGAAAUUUAAAUAUGGGGCUGUUUUGUUUGGGGCCUAUUAGAGUUGGAAGUUGAACAGCUAUUGCAUUACAUACUUUUGCUUUUAUAUUGAAAUUUUGAAAUCAGACUUGUCUUGAUUUUUGUUUUUUUUUUUGUUAAACUGCUAUGUUCAGUAUAUUGAGGGGGUGGGGGGCCGGGAUUAUUUCAUAAUAGCACUUGUGUGUGUAUGUAUGUAUGUGUGUGUGUGUGUGUGUGUGUGUAGUUUAAAAACUAUACUCUAAUUGUAAAAAAAAUAAAAUGAAAAGAAUCAUCCCCACCACUGUAACUUGUUUAUAGUAAGCUGUCACUAGAACUAUUUGCUGUGGGUAUUUUCUAUUUUGUAACAUCUUAACAGUGCCUUUCUGUACAAGGCACCAAAGGAAGUAAAUAUUUAACUGUGGAUUCCAGAUGAAUUGUUGCUCCACCCAAAUCUCUUGCUGCCUAUACUAUACUACUUCAGAGCUGUAUUGAACAGCUUCUGUAAGGAAAGAUUGGACCUGUAGAAGCAACUAAGAGUUGCUUGGUUUGUAUUUCUUAAUUGACAAGCCUGAAUAAAAACAAUAUGUAACCAACAUA